UACACGUACCGGCAGGCACCGCGAGGCGCCGCGCAUGACAAGUGACGGCAACUGAACUCCUGGGCUCAUCGCGGACAGUUGAGACGUGAGUCUGGGGAGGCGGUUGCCAUGGAGCCGGCCUGGCGACAACAGGGCAGGGGGCGGGGCCGGAGUCAGGAUGCUCAGCCCGAGAGGUCGCGACCCCCACCGAAGGAGAAGGAGAGGCUGGCGGCCGCUGCAGGACGAGGAGGAGGAAGGAUGAAGAACGACUCUGCGCCUGAACGUCCAUGUGACGUCCAGUCCAAGUUCGAGGAGAUCAGAAAGUCCAACCAGGCCGCCGCUCAGCGAUUGGUGGAGAGCCACCUCAGCUCCUCCUCCGAUGAAGAUGACGACGACAAUGACGAUGAUGAUGGAAACCAAAAGAAUGGAAAGAGAGGGAAGAUCCUGGCGUCCACCUUUACCACCUACACCGACCAGACAGGAGGGGAUGCCACGGGGCUGCUGAGGACCGGUCAGUACGUCAGUGAUCUGUUUCAGUCCGGAGCUCUGACAUGUCUCAUCUGCAUCGCAUCGGUCAAGAGGACACAGGCGGUGUGGAGCUGUUCCAGCUGUUUCUCUCUCUUCCACCUCCCCUGUAUUCAGAAAUGGGCCAGAGACUCGGUCUUCCUCGUCUCCUCGGCCACUGAUGAAGACUUCGGUCAGAAGCAGCAUCCCUGGCCCUGCCCAAAGUGCCGUGCAGAAUAUCCUCCCGGUGCUACGCCCAACAGGUACAUGUGUUACUGUGGGAAGCUGCAGGAUCCUCCAGCUGAUCCCUGGUUGGUUCCUCACUCCUGUGGCUCAGUCUGCCAGAGGGAGCUCAAACCCACCUGUGGACACACCUGUCUGCUGCUCUGUCACCCUGGUCCCUGUCCUCCAUGUCCAAAGAUGGUGUCGGUGUCUUGCCUAUGUGGCAAAGCUAAGGCCCUCCCCCGUCGCUGUAGCAACAAGGCCUGGUCCUGUCAGCAGCAGUGUGGCAAGUUGUUAUCCUGCAAACAGCACAUCUGUUCUCAGCCCUGUCACACAGAGUGUCCCCCCUGUCCCAGAGUCAGCAUUCAGAGCUGUGUUUGUGGCAAAGAGAAAGCAGAGAGACCCUGUGCCAGCCCUCGAUGGACCUGUCCACAGGUGUGUGGCUCCUCCCUCUCCUGUGGGAAUCACACCUGUGAGGUUGAGUGUCAUGAUGGCGUCUGUCCUCCAUGUCCUCGCUCCGUCAGCAGAUCCUGUCCCUGUGGAAAGACAAAGUCGUCUCUGCCGUGUACAGAGGAAGUGUUGCCGUGUGGAGACACAUGUGAUCGUCCUCUGUCCUGUUUAAAACACACAUGUUCAAUGAGGUGUCACCGCGGGGUUUGUGAGACCUGCAGACAGGAGGUGGACAAGGAGUGUCGUUGUGGUAAAUACAGGAAAUUGAUGCCGUGCCAUAGAGAAUAUCUGUGUGACUCCAAAUGUCCAAAAACCAGGAGCUGCCAGAGACACCAGUGUCGGAGGAAGUGUUGUCCCGGCAACUGCCCCCCCUGUGACCAGAGCUGUGGUCGUACUCUGGGAUGCCGAAACCACAAGUGUCCCUCGGUCUGUCACCAAGGUAGCUGUUACCCGUGUCCAGAGUCAGUGGAGGUCCGGUGUACCUGUGGUUCCUCCGUCCUGGUCGUCCCAUGUGGUCGAGAGAGGAACACCAGACCACCACGCUGUAAAGAAGCCUGCAGGUGUCCUCCGUCCUGCCACCACCCGACCAGAGAGCCCCACCGCUGCCACCCCGGGCCCUGCCCCCCCUGUAAACAGCCCUGCCUGCUGCCGCUGCCCGGCUGCAGCCACACAUGUCCAGAGCCCUGCCACGACAUGGUGCUGGUCAGAUCCCAGCAGGUCCAGUUAGCCGGUCCGUGGGAGCAGCCGUCGGAGCCAGCGUUUGUGAAGAAAGCUCUGCCCUGCCCUCCAUGCCAAGUACCAAUACCAACGAGCUGUUUUGGAGAACAUGAGGUCAGCCCGGUGCCGUGUCAUCGCCAGGGUCGGUUCUCCUGUAAAAGACCAUGUGGUCGACCUCUGACCUGCGGCAACCACGACUGUAGCAGGGAGUGUCACCUGGUUACCGGUGGCAACAAGUGUGAGGUGUGUGAGGAGGGCUGCUGUAAGCCCCGCCCCACAGGAUGCCCCCACCCGUGCCCCCGCCCCUGUCAUCCUGGUAACUGCCCCCCCUGCAGCCAGAUGAUCCGCCAACGCUGCCACUGCAAGAUCAGCAUCCUCUACCUCGAGUGCACGAAGUUAACAUCAGCUGCUGAGAAGUUGAAGGUCGAGUUGGGCUCCUGCAACAACCAGUGUCCUAAAGAGCUGAGCUGUGGCCACCGCUGUAAGCAGGUCUGUCAUCCAGGCGACUGUGAGGAGAAAUGUCAACAGAAGGUGAAGCUGCGAUGUCCCUGUAGGAGAAUCAAGAAGGAGUUCCCGUGCUCUCUGUCUGAUCAGACUUUGGUUCAGUGUGACGAUGUCUGCAGAGACCAGCAGAGGAAGGUCAACCAGGUAAAGGAGGCGGAGCUUAGAGCGGCCGAGGAGGAGGAGAACAGGAAGUGUCAGGAGGAGCUGGAGGCCUUUGAGAAGCGGCAGCAGCGAGGAGGCCGCAGGAAGAAGAGGGGGAGGAGGGAGGAGGUGGAGGAUGAUGGAGGGAGGGCGUCCAGGUGGUGGAGGAGGUGCGCCUCCUUCGUCCUGGUGCCACUGGGUGGCGCUGUGCUGUCGGCUGCUGCCUACUACCUGCUGACCUCGGCCUGAACACUGGUCGUUAUUAAUUAUCUAAUUAUCUAGUGCUAUCUAGUGAUAAUCAAUCAGCUGGAGUUAUUUUACUGGAGACCAUUCAGAGGCUCCUUUAAGACCGUAAUUAGUAAAUGUGUUUAAAAUCGACUUAUAUUUGAAUGGAGUUUGGUUUGGAUCGUCUGAACUGCUCUCGUGUGAAAUGUCUGUAUUUCUGAAUUAUUAUUAAAAUGUUCUAAUUAGUUUUAUUUCUAAUGAUCAUGUUUGGCCUUCAUUAUUUUCCUCGACGUUUAUUCGUGAAAGAUGAAAAGGAUUUUCAUUGGUUUGUUUAGUGGAUUUGAUCUGAACUGGAAACGAGUUCAGAAGUUUAGAUUUAGUUUCAGUUUUCUUGUUGAUUUUCAAAAAGUUGAAGGAAUAAAAUUUGUAAAACUGU